AUGACGGACGAGAAACACUUUGAUGCUGCUUCGAGCAGCUCUUUCGACCCAAAGCAUGGCCAGGACUGCUCACAUGUGCACCCAACUACCUUGGCAGACGUUCUUCCGGUCCAACGUCCAUCGAACCCGGUCAAGCGCUUCUAUGCCAUGCCUCUCAUCCAAGUCGCUCUCGUUGGAAUGGUCUGCUUCCUCUGCCCAGGCAUGUUCAACGCCAUAAGCGGGAUCGGUGGUGGUGGCCAGGUCAACUCGAAUGCUUCUAACAAGGCCGCCAUUGCCCUUUAUUCGACUUUCGCUGCCGUCUCCUUCUUUGCUGGUACCAUUCACAACAAGCUCGGAUCACGUCUAACCCUCGGAAUCGGCGCACUCGGCUACUGUCUCUACAUCGGAUCCUUCCUCUCGUACAACAUCAAUCAAAACCAAGGCUUUGUCAUUGCUGCCGGUGCCAUUCUCGGUGUCUGCGCCUCGCUUCUUUGGACAGCACAAGGCGCUCUCAUGCUCGCCUACCCAACUGAAGACCAGAAGGGUCGUUUCAUCAGCGUCUUCUGGGUCAUCUUCAAUAUGGGUGCCGUACUUGGCUCAGCCAUCCAGCUUGCUCUCACUUACAACUCUUCUGCCAAUACCGUCUCGAAUGGCACUUAUGCAGCUUUCAUCGUGCUCACCGGUCUCGGUGCCUUUGCCUCGGCUCUGCUCAUGGACCCGGCCAAGAUGGUCCGCGACGAUGGUACUCGUGUGCUUGUCCCUGCGCAGACCACCUGGGCCAAGGAACUUCAAGGUCUCUUUGUUCUGCUCAAAUCCGACCCGUGGGUGGUGCUGCUCUUCCCCAUGUUCCUUGCUUCCAACUGGUUCUACACCUGGCAGUUCAACGACUACAACGGUGCUCUCUUCACUCUUCGCACUCGCGCGCUCAACAAUUUGCUCUAUUGGCUCAGUCAGAUGGUUGGCAGCCUUGCCAUUGGUCAGGUCCUUGACAACAAGCGUAUGUCGCGCAAGUCUCGCGCAUGGCUUGGUUGGUCCAUUGUCUUUGUUAUCAUGUGGGCCGUCUGGGGAGGUUCUUACGACGUACAGAAGACCUAUACCCGAGAGUCUGUCGCAGCCGAGACCCAGCGUAUCGACUUGGCCGACGGAAACAAGUUUGUCGGAUACUGCUUCCUCUACAUCUUCUCCGGUAUCCUUGAUGCUGUUUGGCAGAAUCUUGCUUAUUGGCUCAUCGGUGCUUGCUCCAACGACCUUUCCAAGCUCGGAUAUUUGGCUGGCUUCUACAAAUCGAUCCAGUCAGCCGGUGCAGCCGGUGCCUUUGCUAUGGACAACGACAAGCACUCUUACAUGACCAACCUCGCCGUCACCUGGGGUCUUUGUGCCGCUGGCAUGCUGUUUGCUAUUCCUGUCAUUGCGCUGCGUGUCAAGGAACACACUGAUCCGCUUCAGGAGGUGACCGUGCCGGGUCGAGCAGAAGAGAUUGCUGCAGUUGGCAACCAGGUUUCGGCUACAGCUGUUGCCGAGAAGCAUCCUUAG